AUUAACUCGAGCCACAACAAAAUAUUAUGUUUAUGUUUCUAAGUUAGAAAUUUAGCCAGCAUUAUCAAUGUCGGAUGACGGAGGCACUGACUUACCUCCUUUAUUGCUUGAGAAAGAGGUGUCCGACCAUUUGAAACAAACAUGGAAAGGUGAUCUGGAGGUAGAAGAUGAAGAUGAUGAAAAUGAUGAGAGAUUUUACAAACUGUUAAAACAGCUUGGUACCCCACCCACUGUAACUACAUUACGAGUGAACACACUUCAUUGUGACAAACAUGUUGUGGCAAAGGAGCUGAAGCCUGUGCUGGAAAAGCAAUAUGUUGAAAGGGGAAGUAAUCCACCACCUAUUGUGUUACAUCCAGCACUAAAGGAUGUUCUUGUGAUACCAAGCAGGGGACCUAACUCCAAACCCCCUGAGGUGAAAAAAGAAGUGAUCGUAGAUCUGGCUUGUGGUAUGGCUGUACUCCGUGGAGCAGAUGUCUUUGUGCUUGGAAUCAUGGGUGCACCUGCUUAUUUGUCAACGGGAGAAAUGGUGGCAGUAUAUGCUGAUCUAGAUGCCCAGUGUCGUAAAGGUCUGAAGGAAGAAUACAGGGAACGUAAGCUGUAUGUUGGUUGUGGAGUCAUGCAGCUCAGUAGGGAUCAAAUAUUUUGUUCUGCUCAAGUUAAACUCAGGGGAGUUGGUGUGAAAAUGACACAUCCAUUAUAUGAAGCACCAAGUCUUGACGAAGUCUUGCCAGAGCUUGUCUUUCCUCAGAAUCUUCCGUCCAUAGUUUGUAGUCUUGUGUUAGAUCCACAACCUGGAGAAACUGUGAUAGAUAUGUGUUCUUCCCCAGGUGGGAAAACUAAUCAUAUUGCAACACUUAUGAAAGAUAAGGGUAGGGUAAUAGCUUUAGAUAAGAGUGCCAUAAAAGUGGAGAAGGUAAUUGCCAAUUUAAAACGAUGGAACAUUUCCUGUGUUGAAUGCUACGCACAAGAUUCUACAAAAUGUUUAGAUGAAAAAUCAGAAAUCAAAGGUCCGCCUCCUUUUCCGCCCCAGUCAUUUGACAGAGUAUUACUAGAUGUUCCAUGUAGUGCACUAGGUCAGAGACCCUCAUCACGCAAUAGAAUGACACUAAAAUCCUUACAGUCCUACCCAGUCUACCAGAAGAGAUUCAUUGAAACAGGUGUUCAGUUGCUGAAGACAGGAGGGACUCUUGUAUACAGUACAUGUACUAUAACCAUGGAGGAGAAUGAGAGACAAGUGGCGUGGAUGCUGCAGAAAUACCCUUGUCUGAAACUGGCCGAACAGAAUCCCCACCUUGGUGAUGUAGGACGGCCAUGCAAAGGUCUCAGCAGUUCACAGUGUAACAUGCUGCAGAGGUUUGAUCCCACCAGUGUCACCAGCAAGUCUAAAUAUUUCACAGACAAUGAUACUAUAGGAUUCUUUAUUGCAAAAUUUGUGAAAGUUGAAGACCCAAGCUGAUAGCUCUAUACAUGUGUUCUUCAUGAACAUUUCCUUUUUAAUUGUGUUCUGAACUCCAAGUGACUGAAUGAAUGUUCUGUACAUUUUUUAAAAACCUUUGAUAAUGAUAGUAAUCAGUAACUCUAUCAAGUUUAUCAACUCUAACAAAUUUUUAUAUUGCGUAUAAUCAAUUGUGGCAUAAUUUAAAAGAAAUCGGUCAGCAGAAAUUGACGAAUCUUAGCCUCAGUUUAGUUGAAGCCAAAUAAACGAAUAAAACGGACGCUAGUAGAACAUGUUGAACCAUUUAUAUUGUUUUUAGCUCGACUAUUCGAAGAAUAGGGGAGCUAUCCUACUCGCCCCGCCGUCGAUAUGAGCGUUAGCGUGAGCGUCACACAAAUGUUAAAGUUUGCGUACCACCCCAAAUAUUUUCAAAGUCCAUUGAGAUAUUGCUUUCAUAUUUUGCAUACUUGUUUACCAUCAUGACCCCAGUCUGUAAACAAGAGCAGACAACUCUAUCAAGCAUUUUGACUGAAUUAUGGCCCCUUUUCGAAUUAGAAUAUGCUUAUUGUACUGUUAAAGUUUUACUCAUAGCUUAUAUUAUACUAUCAAGCACUGAGAAUAGUCGAGCACGCUGUCAACUGACAGCUCUUGUUUCCAUAUCCAGCAAGUAUUGGCUAGGCCAUUUCAGUGAAAGUACUUGCAAAAGUUGCAAAAAGACUACCACUAUUGGCAAAAAUAGGCAAAAAUCUUAUGCAAAACUGUAGGGUAUUAUGGACGACACACAUUUGAAUAAGUCAAUACACAGUGUCAGAAAAAGUAGAAAGCUGCAAUUAUUCAGUUAGAUUACUUUUACUUCAAAUAUUCUUUCUUGAAAUUAACUAAAGAUUCAACUAGAACACAAAACACAGAAUUUUUGAUUGGUUUAAAAUAUAGAUUGUGUUUGACACUGUAAAUAUCAAAUAGAUAGAUGUUGUUUCCUCACAAAACUGCAAUGUUUUUGUAAAAACUUGGAUUGAUCAAUGCAAGAAAUAUUCACAAUACAUAUUUUCUUUUAAACCAAACUUCAAUGUAAAUCAAGUAGAAAAUAUUAAAUAAUGAUUCUUACAUUGAUAUCUUAUUGAUGUAUUUACUUAAGCUACCUUAGAUAAAUAUAUAUUUUUACAAGCUGUUUCAUAUCAUUCCUGUUAUCUAUAAUCUCAGUUUUCUUAAAUGAAUAAUAUGCUUAUUGCAAUAAACCGCUAAACGUUAUACCCAGCUAUAAUUCUGCAGAGCCUGGCUACAACAAAAUCCUGGCUAGAACCCUGAAGUCUACUGGGUGAGAUGUUUAAAUUUGGAUACUCAUUCAGCAUAUUUGUAUGUAUGUAGAAAAAAGGAGAAAUUAUCAAGAUCUCUUUCCACAGAUAUAUUCACACCAGUUAGGUUAAACAACUGUCAAAAAUCUUUGAGUUCAGAUUGGUGAUUUAUUUUAAAUGACCAUUAUGUAAAAACAAUAGGUACAUAUUGCUUGUUGUAUUUUGCUUGUACAGUAAGUUGCUUUUAAACAAUUUUAAAGACACAUUUGCUACAAUUUAUGAGAAAGAGUUAUUUAAAAUAGCUCAUUGCUGAUAUUGUAGCGUAAAUUAAAGUAAUAUGUACAUUUUCGUGCUUCAAAAAAUAUAUAGAGGAAAUUUCUUUCAAAAUAAAAUAACUUUAUGGUUAAGUUUAAUAUGUCAUCAACAGGAAUUAAAGAACCAGUUUCAGUUCCAUCCUAUUGUAUGCAUUUUCAGGAAGGUCUAUGCUGUACAUCUGUCAUUGUUUACAUUAAGUUCAGUUACACUGGGAUUUUGUUCAGUUUCAAACCUUCUGAUUUGUUUUUUCUUUCUUUCUCAUCAUCUGAUUUUUUCAAAUCAUUUUGUUUAAGGUAUUGUAUAAAAUGUUGGCCCACACUGAAAUUGAGCAUAAUUUACCCUGUUAUAUAAAAUUAAUGUUAUUAAUUUUACAGUUAGACAAUAUCUCAUAAUGUGAAAUCAUUAAUUUUUGUAGGGGACUUACUUUCAUGGAUUCUGUGACUGAGCCAAUCCAUGAAACUAAAUCUCAGUGAACUAGUAAAUUCCUAUUUAUUCUAAAUUCAGAGUUUGAAAAUCACAAAUUCAUAUCCGCAGGAAAGAGUUGUGUUGGCCAAAAACCACAAAAUUUCAUUCCCUCCACAUUAUAGGAUUUCAUAGUACUUCUUCAAAAUUUUUAGUUAAAACUACAAAAGCCUUCACUGCUGAAUACAUUGUGAUGAUUAUUUAUAAUUUUGUUACAUGUUUAAAUGUAAUGAUGCAUAUGGAUUUAUUCUUAUUAUCUCUACUGAGCCCCCUGUAAAGUCAGUUUGACCAAGAUUUUGUUUUUGUGCAAAAUUUGUAUCACAUUUCAAGGGAUUUUGAAAUUACAUGUUCACUAUUCCAUAAGGAUUUGUUGUGUUCACAACCAGGUCUGUUGUUUCAGUUCACAGUUUUGGAUGAAAGGUUUACAGCGUCUGAAUUGUGUCUGCCCCAUUACUCUGUAAUAUAUCAGGGAAAAUCUUGAUAUAACAUGUCAUAACUUUCAGCGGUAACAUAAGGGCGAAUCACAAACAACUUUUUUGCAUACAGCCUCAAAGUCAAGGUUUCCCUUUGAGAGCAAAGUUAUAGGGUCAGUUUCAUGUUUUCUCAGUUAUCAGAAUUCAGUCCUAGUAUAACUCAAAUGAAGAUGAAUAGGGGCUGUUCUUCUUGUGUUGUGAUUGAAAACUCAUCUUCUGUUAAAUCCAGACAUGAUUUUUACCAAAGUUUGUGGACAAAAUGUGUAGCUGUUACUAUGAUUGUGUUUUAGUAAGAUUCAGCUUAAGUGCUAAUUAACGCUUAUUUACAUAUUAUCACGUCAUCAAACAUAAAUUCUAUGUCUUUUGUAUUUUUGUCAUUGCUCUUUUUUCAUCACUUUUACAGAUCUGAGCAUGUUACAAGUGAGAUAGAAAUGUACUUGCAUUAACUUAAUCACUCCAAACUUAAAAUGGUAAGGACUUUUCAUCAUUGAUAUAACUGUAGUUUAUCACAGCUGUGCAGUUUUUACAAGAUUUACCACUCAGCAAUUUACGUGUUGUGAAGUAAAUUUGUAUCUUCUUCACUGAAAAGCCAGUUGUGAAAUUGUAAAAGUGUAAACCAUCAUUACUUUUAAAUUUGAUAUAUGCAUUGACGCAAAAUUAAAACAUGUAAUCAAAACUUUA